AUGCUCCAAACGCCGCCGUUUAAGGGCGCCAACGUCUUCAUGUCGCGGAAGCUCGUCCCGCCGGAGAUUUUCGACGCGCUUCACGACGCGCUCAAGCUCAACGGCGCCAACGUCGUCCUCUGCUGCGACCCCUCCCGCACCGGCCCCGACGACUUCCACGUCAUCGCUUCCUCCGAUCACGAGAAGUUUGAGGAUCUCAGAGCCAAGGGCUGCCAACUGCUCGGUCCUCAAUGCGUGUUUUCUUGCGCGAACGAGCACAGGUCGCUGCCUAAACAAGGCUUUACUUGCUGCCUUGCAUUGGAUGGUGUCAAUGUACUUGCCUCUGGUUUUGAGGCAGAUGAAAAGAUUAAGAUAAGGAACUUAAUAACGUCAAUGGGGGGAGUUUUACAUACUAAAACAUCUUUGGAUGUUAGCUUUGUCAUUGCAAAGGAUGUUUUAGCUACGAAAUACAAGUGGGCUUUAUAUACAUUGAAGAAGCCCGUCCUUACUAUAAAUUGGUUAUAUCAAUGCUGCAAAGAACAUCGCAUUGUUCCUCAAGAAUCCUUUAGGGUUCUUCCGUUUUCUGGCUUGAUGAUCUCCGUAACCAGAAUUCCAGCAGGUGACAAGUACAAGGUUGCACAAAAGUGGGGUUAUAUUUAUAUUGUAACUCGGAAAUGGUUUGAUCAAUCGAUUGCUAGAAGAGCUUGUCUAAAUGAGGAGUCCUUUCCAGUUCAAGGUGAUUCUUUAUCUUCAAAGAAGAUUGUAAAGGGUUGCUUUGCUUCACAAAAUAGCCAAAGCAAUCGUAGUGGGUUCUUGCAAGCUGCACCGCCAUCGGUGGUUGCAGAUUCAAAUUUUACAGCUUCUACUUGUGGUGGGAUUGUAGAUUCUGAUUUAGAAGCUUCUGUUUCACAAAGCAUGCUUCCAAAAUCUUCUUGUGCCCCUGUAUUUUGUAAAGAGGGGGAUAGCAAAGUCCCUCCCUUGGAAUCAAAAUAUGAGGUGACCCUUGAAGAUUGUGUUGCUGAUGAUUCUGAGUCUGAAGAAAAUGACCUGUACUUGUCAGAAUGUAGAAUAUCACUUGUUGGUUUUGAAGCUUCUGAAAUGCGUCGAUUGGUUAAUAUUAUUCGCAGAGGUGGGGGCACCCGUUAUAUGUCAUUCAAUGAUAGGUUGACACACAUAGUAGUUGGAACUCCUUCUGAAAUUGAAAAGAAGGAGGUACGGGGAUUUGCAGCUUGUGGUGUCAUUCAUGUGGUUAGAGCCACCUGGCUUGAAGAUUGUGAUCGCCAGAAGAAAGAGAUACCUGUUCUCCAGCAGCAUAGUGCCUGUGAUAUACUUCUUCCUAAAGGAGCACUGACUGGUACAAGUGGUAUGAUUCAAGGGCAAAUUUCUACUAUUCAUCAGAGGAUGCCUUCUGAUCAGUUAUGUGGGAAUAGGAGUGUGGCAACUGGAAUGGAUUUAUUGGAGAAAAAUAGAAAAGAGGUAUCAGAAAUAAAUAGGGACGAUGACAGGUCCGUGAAAGCAGCAGUUAGAUCAUUCGACAAGAACAGACUACCUGUCAUAAAGGAUAAAAGUAAGGUCCAGUUACAUGACAAAACAAGGGGCCAACAGAAGAUACAUCUGGAAUCAAGUGUUCAAAAUGGCAAACCUUCUUCUGUAUUUAAAGGGAAACUUUUCCGCUUUUCAGAUUCCUUUCCUGAAGACAGGAGAGGUGAAAUCAUUGAAUGGGUAAAUCAAGGGGGAGGAUUGACAAUUGAUGCUCAUCUAAAGCAGAAGGCUCACUUCACUAUUGAAUGUCAUGGUGUGAUACCCAGAUCUGUGGACUCUACUCAUACUACAUAUGUAUCAAGUCACUGGAUCCGAUCAUGUUUGGAGGAUGGAUACUUGCUGGAUGUUAGUAAUCACAUUCUUUACACUCCUCUUCCCUGCCGGACUCCGUUGCCUGGAUUCGAACACUUUCGGUUUUCUGUUUCACAAUACGAAGAGAAAGAUAGACUGUUACUACGAAAUUUGUGUUUUACACUGGGAGCUAAAUUUGUGGAAAAACUGAAUAAGAAGGUUACCCAUUUGUUAUGCAAGUUUACCAGUGGAAGUAAGUAUGAGGCUGCUUGUAAAUGGGGAACACAUCGAGUUACCUGUGACUGGAUAUAUGAGUGCGUGAAGCAGAAUAAAGUCAUCGCUCUCGACCAAUAUUAUCCUAAAGAAGUUACUGCUGAAGAUCAAGAGGCAGGGUUGUGUACUACAAGUCAGUUUCCUACACAAGAUGUUCAAAUGAUAUCUGUGGGCAAUCCAUCUGAGUGUCCAAGUCAAUCACAAGAUCGGAGCUUCUCACCCUUUGAAGCCAUUGGUCGUAGAAAUGAGAAUAUCAGGGAAGAAGCUAAAGAAUCAAGUUGCACUAAGAAGGCAAGGAUUUUUGAAGAUGUUGAACAAAGCGGUCUUCUUUCUUCAGGGAUAAGUAUUAGCAAUCCUCCAAAUACGACUGGAAACCAGAAAGCGAACACUUUUGGUGAAGUAUCCCAAGCUGUUCCUGAUGUAGCUUCUGCUAUUGAGGACUUGUUGGAGCAGACAACCAAGAUACAUGACCAGAGUUCAUCAGAGAGUAUUUUUGCAUCGGAUUGUGCAAUGCUUGGUCACGACCCUCCGCGUCCUCUCUCCCUGAGUGGACUAUCGAAACACUGGUUAAACAGCGGCGGGAAAAAGGAUGACACUAACGAUCCGUCUGGAAAGCAAACUGCUGGAUUGUAUGAUCAAUUUAGCGAAACACAGACCGAUUCUCAGGUUAUUGGAUAUGAGGAAGAUUUGUCAGGCCGGCAAAUGCUUAUAGACAGUUUUCGGACGCGAAGUAGCAGUAGGAAAUAG